AUGGCCUCCAAAAAAGCAACAUCAGGACAGGGAGAUCUCAUAACCAUACUAAGCAUUGAUGGAGGUGGAGUGCGGGGGAUAAUUCCGAGUGUUAUACUCGACUUCCUAGAAACCGAACUUCAGAAAUUGGAUGGCGAGAAUGCUAGGUUGGCGGAUUAUUUCGAUGUGAUUUCAGGAACAAGCACAGGAGGCCUAGUGACAGCAAUGUUAACCUCCCCUAAUGAAGAGAAGCGACCUAUAUUCGCAGCCAAGGAUAUCACAAACUUCUAUCUCGAACAUUGUCCUAAGAUCUUUCCACAACAUACGAAUCCGUUUGCUCCUGCUGAAAAAGCGUUGAAAGCUCUAUCUGGUCCAAGGUACGAUGGAGUCUAUCUUCAUAGACUUGUUCGAGAAAUACUGGGGAACACAAGACUCCAUGAAUCACUAACGAAUGUCGUGAUCCCAACUUUUGAUAUCAAACGCUUGCAGCCUGUCAUCUUCUCAACUUACCAGCUGAAGAAAAAACCAAGUCUAGAUGUGAUGUUGGCAGAUAUAUGCAUCGGAACAUCAGCAGCGCCAACUUAUCUUCCUUGCCAUACUUUCAGACACGAAGAUUCUGAAGGGAAUCUAAUUGGAGAGUUCGAUCUCAUCGAUGGCGGGGUGACUGCAAAUAAUCCGACUUUAGUCGCAAUAAAUGAAGUGACACAGGAGAUAAAAGGAGGCAUUAAAACAGGUGGUUUUCUAGUAUUGUCAUUGGGGACGGGCUCACCAAAAUUCAUCGAGAAGUAUGACGGUAAUACAUCGUCUCAUUGGGGUGUUGUCGGGUGGCUGGCGAGUGGUGGCUCGAUUCCACUGAUAGAUGUAUUUACUCAAGCAAGUAGUGGAAUAGCCGACUAUCAUACCUCCACCUUCUUGCAAGCCCUUCAUUUGGAGGGGAAGUACCUUCGUAUUCAGGAUGACACUUUAACAGGAGACGUUGCUUCGAUGGAUCUGGCAACAACAAAAAACUUAGAGGAUCUGGUUCAAGUUGGCAAACAAUUGUUGCAAAAACGACCGAUGAUGGGCAUGGGUAGACAACCUUUUUCUGAUAGCAGUACCAACGAAAAAGCUCUAAUAAGGUUGGCGAAAAUGCUGUCAGAGGAAAAGAUUAAGAGAGAGCACAACAAUAGCCAAGAAGUGGAGAUCAAUACUUCGGUUUCAAGGAGAACGGGAAUGUAUUUGAGGGCAGUUUCUGGGUCCCUCCCGAAUUUGCAGCAAAUCACUACAUAG